AUGAAACGAUUACAAAGAUGGAGUAAACAAAAGAAAACAGGCGCAGUGAAAAAAAGAAUUAUGCAGGAAUGCCGUAUUUUUUUGGAUUCACUUAAUAAUGGUACGAAUGACACAAACAAAUCACUUAGUUAUGAUGAUAUCCGAUUAGAUUCUGGUAUUCCAGUUAUUACGGAAAAUAAAGAAGAUUCGUUACAAAGAGAAUAUAUAAAUAGCCAUAAUACGAGUAAUUUUGGUCAAGUUCGAGUGGAGGCACAGCAGGGUUCCGUAGAACAAGAACAAGAAAAAGCACAAGUAAAUAACAAUUUUUUCGAUUCCAUACCACUUAGUGCGUCAGAAGAUGAAGAAGAAGAGGAAGAAAAAUUUAGUGAUAUUGAAAAAAUUACUGCACUAACUAAACAAUUAAAAACGUGGUCCGUAGGAAACAAUAUUACCCAAACUGCUUUAAAACAGCUUCUGUUGAUUUUGAAUGAAGGCUACGUUAGUACUACAUUAUUACUUCCGAAAGAUCCACGCACUGUUUUGCGUACUCCAAAAGAAAUUUGUAUUAAAAAUAUAGAAGGAGGACAAUAUUGGCAUCAUGGUAUAACUGAACCGUUAAUGAAAUUACUUAAGGAUUUCACGCCCAUUCCAAAUAGCAUUCAUUUAAUCUUUAAUUUUGACGGUCUGCCAAUAUUUAAGAGUGCCAAAAAGGAGUUUUGGCCAAUAUUAGCCAAUGCAGAGGGGAAUGUAUUCACAAUUGGAAUAUACUAUGGUACAGGCAAACCAAAAAUAUUAGAAGAAUAUUUAGAAGAUUUUGUAACUGAGAUGAAAUCAUUACUUAGUAAUGGAAUAAUUAUAGAUGAGAAACUUGUUUCUAUAAAAAUCAAAUGUUUUGUUUGUGAUUCUCCAGCAAGGGCAUUCCUUAAAGGUGUAUGUAAUUUUAACGGAAGACAUGGAUGUUUAAAGUGUACGACGGUUGGAGAAUAUUCGCAUACAUCUCAUACUGUAGUCUUCUCUACCAAGGAAGAUUCUCCAAGAACAGAUGAAAAUUUCAGAGCUAAACUUUACGGAGAAACAAAAUAUAUGUUUGCUUUCACAAUAUUUUCUGAAAUAAAUACUCUGUAUGUGAAUUAUGAAAAAAUCAAUGAAGAGAAUAUUAUUUAUCCAUCAUAA